UUUUUCGUCCUAUAUUCAAUUGUUGAUUUUUGUAGCAUACUCACAAGUGUGUGUAUAUAGAACACAUAUUCAUCCAAACAAAUCUUGACUUGCAUGCACAGACACAAUUUUCAAGUUUGAAAUUGCAACUCAUAUCAUAUAGAGAAACAAAAAAAUGUUUUCUUUAUUGCAUCCCUUCUUUCUCUCUCUUCUUCCCUUGUUUUUCUUCACACUUCUCCUUCUCAAAUGGCUAUCCACCACCCAACAACCACACAAAAACCUACCACCAUCUCCCUCAAAGCUCCCAAUCAUCGGAAACCUCCACCAAAUGGGCCAAUUCCCUCACCGCUCUCUCCUAUCGCUAUCACAAAAACACGGACCUCUCAUGCUACUUCAAUUUGGUAGCAUGCCAGUUCUCGUGGUCUCGUCUGCAAAAGCAGCGCACGAAAUCAUGAAAACCCAUGACCUCACUUUCUCCAACCGGCCUAAACUGAGAAUUGCUAGCAAGCUCUUGUAUGAAGCCAGGGAUGUGGCUUUCGCCCGCUAUGGCGAGUAUUGGAGGCAGAUGAGGAGCUUAUGUGUGUUGCAGCUCCUAAACAACAAGCGGGUAAAGUCUUUCUGCGCAGUGAGAGAAGAAGAAACGGCCCUUAUGCUAGAGAAGAUCAAACAAUCAUGUUCUUCUUCAUCUUCAACAACGGUAAAUUUGAGCGAAAUGUUAGUGUCGCUUACGAAUGGUGUCGUGUGUAGGGUGGCCUUGGGGAGGAAACACAGUGGGAGAAAGUUUAAGGAGCUUUUGGGAGAGGUUGUAGAGUUGUUGGGUGUUUUUGAUUUGGGAGAUUAUAUUCCAUGGCUUGCAUGGGUGAAUAGUUUCAAUGGUUUGUAUAAGAGAGUGGAUAGAGUUGCUAAGGAGUUGGAUGAUUUUUUAGAGAGUGUAGUUGAAGAACAUAUGGAUUUGAGGAGAGAGAAAAGUGGUGGUGCGAGAGCGGAUCAUGAAGGUGGUGAUGAAAUUCAACAAGACUUUGUAGAUGUGUUGCUUGAUAUUCAAAGAGAUAAUAAGGUUGGCUUUCCUGUUGAUAGGGAUAGCAUCAAAGCACUCAUCUUGGAUAUGUUUGCUGCUGGAACUGAUACUACAUACUCGGCUUUAGAGUGGGUGUUGGCAGAGCUCUUGAAACACCCCAAAGUCUUGAAAGAACUCCAGAACGAAGUGCGACGAAUAGGCAACGGCAAGCAAUACAUAACUGAAAAUGACUUGGAGAAAAUUCACUACCUAAAAGCCGUGAUCAAAGAGGCUAUGCGCCUACAUCCUCCUAUUCCAUUGCUAGUUCCUCGAAGAUCAACCCAAGAUGUCAAGUUAAUGGGGUAUGACAUUGCUGCUGGCACACAAGUAAUUACAAAUGCUUGGGCGAUUGGGAGAGACCCAUUGUCAUGGGAUGAGCCAGAGGAAUUCAGGCCCGAGAGGUUCUUGAGUACUUCAAUAGAUUUCAAAGGGCAUGACUUCGAGCUAAUCCCAUUUGGUGCUGGGAGAAGGGGUUGUCCUGGAAUUCAAUUUGCCAUGGCAGUGGAUGAGCUUGCAUUGGCAAAUCUUGUGUACGAGUUUGAUUUUGCUGUCCCUAAUGGAGCAAGAGGAGAGGAUUUGGACAUGAGUGAAGCUAUUGGUUUGACAGUCCACAAGAGGUCUCCUAUAUUGGCUGUUGUGACUCCUUGUUCCUUCUAGUCUCCACCUCAUCCUUUCAAAAAAGAAAAAAUUAUUAUUAUUAUGAUAUGUUGGUGUAGCAUGCACUAUUCACACACUAUCAGAGUUUGUAAGAAAAAUAAGUUUUGAUUGGCUUAAAGUAAUGUGCUAAUUUGAUAGCUAAAAAUAAAUAAAUAAUUAAGCAAAAAAUAAAUAUUGGACAAGAAGUUACCAAAUUUUAUGUGAUUUGACGAAUUCUGCCUACAUUAAUAAAUCUUUCGUUUUGUCCA